AUGCAGCCAAAUCAGCUUCAAGUGGCAGGUGCUGAGGAGCAGUGCAGUGCAGGGGGAAAGGGAAGGACAUUCACAAAAGGGUUUCGCCCAUUCUUGAAUCUUGACCGUAACAGUGAAUUCCAGGGAAUAGAGAUCGUGCGGUAUGCUGUGGCCUCUAUGGCAGUGGCCUCCCAGGAGGUUAUAUUACAGUGGAAACAUUUUGCCUUUGUUAAGUAUGUGGGGAUGGAUUAG